GAGUGCACGUUGCAUAUUAUAUUCUUUAACAAUAUUUUAAUAUCCCUUUAAAUCCUCAAUCAAAAUGAAGCUCAAUCGCGCCGUCCUCGCAGGUCUUUUGGCCGCCGCUCCCCUAAGCGGUGUUGCCUUGGCUCGUACACAUGUCAACCACCACUCUACCUUGGCUCCUACCAUGACCAAGGCUGAAGCCGAUGAGAUGGACGCCGCUCUUAGGGCUUCUGCUUUCACUGAAUUGAGCGAGGAUGCCAUUGAGUCUGUUGUUUCUGAGAUGUUGAGCUUGCUCGAAAAGCAGGGUCUUAACUACGAGAACCCAGAGCACAUCAACAGCUUCAUCUCCUUCAUGCAGACUAUGCAACGUGGUGAUGGCAAAUCCACUGGUGCCAAGUUUUUGGAUGAGCUUAAGAAGAUGGCCACCAAGGCAUGGCAUGAGACUAAGGGUACCAUGAAAGAGAUGCUCAUCUCUUACGUCAAGAACCUUCUUAAGGCUGGAUUGAAACACGCCUUGCCACACAUUGAAAAGUUGAACGAGAAGGCUAUGCUUGCUCUCCCAAUGAACCUCCGUGUUGCCCUUUCACCCGUCUACUUCAACAUGUGGCUCAAACUCUUCGAAAAAGCCAAACUCAGGAUCCCCGCUGACUACAAGAUCGAGAACUUCGUUUGCAAAAACAUUGACAAGGAGCAAUGUGACGAAAUUAUCAGCAAGGUCCAGGGCACCUGGAACAACUUGAGCGAAAAGCCUGCCCCCAAGGCCGAAGAGCACUCUGAGAAAUCUACUAAGGCCAUUGAGGACAAGCCUGAAGCUGCUUCCCGCAAAGCCCCCAAAGUCACCAGCUUAGACGAUGACUUUGACUUCGAGUUCUAAGUCUCUACACAAAUGAAUAACUCAAAAUAAUCCGCACAAAUGCAGUCUAAACGGCUAUUAAAAGUAUUGCCGUUGAAACAUUGAAAAAAUGUCUAAUUAAAGUUUAACCUCUUUGUAUUCAU